AUGUCUUCAGAACCACUCCACAAAAUUUCUGAUUCACAACGUUUGGCUGAAAGAUAUCAAACAGUAAGAGAUUAUUUAGCAUAUCAACAAGCUGUACUAAUAGCAUUAUUAAACAAAAAAUAUGAUAUUGUUAUAGAAAGAGCAACAAAAAAAUCAAUAAUAACAAGACAAGUUGUUAAAGUAAUAAAAGUAUCAACAGGAAAAACUCAAAUUGAUGUAUUGGAAAUUAUAAAUAAACGAUGUAAAGCACUUAUGGAAAUAGAUAUUUUCAAUGGUAUUGUACAUGAAACUGCAUAUCGUAGAUUUAUUACAAAUAAGUCGAUUGAAAAUCAUCAUUUUUUAAUUGACCUUUUAGAGAACGAAGGUUAUUUCUUUAAUUCAUCUUAUUCAUCAGGAAAAAACAAUUCCAAAAAAAUGCAAACUAUUUUACAAAUUUUUAAAGAUGGCAUUUGUCUUCUUAAUAAAGAUGAUAUUACUAAAAAAGGAAUAGGUCUUAGUAAUUAUUUAUCUCAACAAACUACAAAAGAAAAGUCAUUUUUAAUUACUAAAAAUGAUCCUAUUUUAUCGUCUAUGUUAUAA